AAACACCAAAACCAACUCAUUUCCCAUUUCCACCUAUUCAAAACGUAAAACCAACUCAUCUCCCACAUUCACUCCACCACACUACACUCAUAUGUCACAUGAAUUUAUGGUAGAAAUUCACUGGAAUCACAAGACCGAUGACAAAGAAGCCUCCAUCAUCUCGAAGCCCACGCAGGGCCUUGCGCUUUGGAUGGAAGCUACUAAUUUUACUCACACUCGCUCUAUGUAUAUUCGGUUUACACAGAAUCCUCAACUUAACUUCUCAGCUCACUCCUCCAAGAUCUCCGACUAGAAUCUCCGCUCGAUUCUACACUGGAAACCCUAAACUCGCUUUCCUCUUUCUCGUUCGCCGCGAUCUCCCCCUCGAUUUCCUCUGGCAAGCCUUUUUCGAGAAUGCUGUGCCGGCCAAUUUCUCGAUCUAUAUUCAUUCAGAACCUGGUUUUGUGUUUGAUGAAUCGACUACAAGAUCUGCAUUCUUUUAUAAUCGACAAUUGAGUAAUAGCAUAAAGGUAGGUUGGGGAGAAUCUAGUAUGAUUCAAGCUGAGCGGUUGUUACUUGGAGCAGCACUCGAAGAUCCGGCUAAUCGAAGAUUUAUCCUGUUAUCUGACAGCUGUGUUCCUUUGUACAACUUUAGCCACAUAUAUGAGUAUUUAAUGGCUUCACCAAAAAGUUUUGUUGACAGCUUUCUUGAUAAAAACGAAGGGCGUUACAAUCCGAAGAUGUCACCUGUUAUACCGAAAGGCAAAUGGAGGAAAGGGUCACAGUGGAUAGCUUUGGUUCGGGAACAUGCUGAAGUGGUUGCAGAUGAUGAGACAAUCUUACCAGUCUUCAGGAGAUUUUGUAAGAGACGCCCACCAGUUGACGUUAGCAAAGGAAAACUAAAUUCUAAAAUACAAAAGCAACAUAAUUGCAUUCCGGAUGAACACUAUGUACAGACAUUACUUGCGAUGAGUGAUCUUGAAGGUGAACUUGAGCGGAGAACGGUCACCUACACUUCGUGGAACCAAUCUGCGACAAAGAUGGAAACGAAGGGCUGGCAUCCAUUUACAUUUAGCUAUGCAAAUGCAGGGCCACAUGAAAUGCAAAAAAUAAAGGAUAUUAAUCAUGUAUAUUAUGAGACUGAAUACCGGACAGAAUGGUGCAGUAACAAUUCUACCUUGGUUACCUGUUUCUUAUUUGCAAGAAAGUUUUCUAGAGGAGCUGCCAUGCGACUUUUGAGUGACGGGGUUGUUGGGCGUUUUGAUGUCUCUGUACUAUUGUCAAAUUCUGAACCAUAAUCUUAAGAAAAUUCUUGUGACCUAUAUUUUGACAGCAUUACUGACCAGGUGUCUUGCCAACCUGUAUAUGCAUGCAAGGGAAGCGACAGCUAGUGCAUGCCCAAGGCAAUUUAUACUUGUAGAAUAUGACAAUUGUCAAAGAUUUCAUACUGGCAUACAGAAAUAUAAUUAUAGCUUACCUUAGUGAUUAGGUUUUCUGUACAAGUGUUGUAGCCUGCGAAAUGUACAUGUUCAGUCAUUGCUGAGUUGACUUGAGAUUAUGAAAUUCCAUAAUCUACUAGUUUUAAUGUUGUGUUGUGUAGUUCUAAUGCAAGGUUUUAUAAUUUUAUUGUGUGCUUAGAA